AAGUCUCUCUCAGUCUAGGUCACUCGAAACCAUGUCUUCUUUGACAAGCGAAAAUGCUGAGACUAAGGUAGGCGUCUUCUGGGACGUGGAGGAAUGCCCAGUCCCUGAUGGUGUGGAGCCAUCUGUGGUUUGUGAGAAUAUCAAACUUGCUCUUGAGAAAAAGGGUUAUCGUCCAUGUAAUGUCUCAAUCAGAGUUUAUGGUGAGAGGACUAAUAAGUUCAAGGAUGACUUUCUCCUCGCUGAUAUCAUGUUCUUACCCGCAGGAGAUGAAGGAGCGAGAUUUAUGAGGAUGUGUAAUGAUUUCUUUUGCUGGGGAAAUGACAAUCGUAAAUCAACUUUGAUGGUAAUGUCACGAGACAGCACUGAGUUCGCCUCUUCUUUCGUAAUGUACAAAAACUUGAAUUUCAACAUUCUCGUAGCACAGCCAGAAAACGUAGACAGAAAAUGUCCUGUCUGCAGAAAGCCUUUGGAAAUGAUCAUCACUGACGAAUGGGUUUGGGAAAGCCUCUCUGCUGGAGGAGACCCUCUCCCCAAAACCCAAGAAGAACCAGACCUUAGUAACUCUUGUCAUUAACUAUGCUGCUUUUAUUACUAGUUGUUAUUUGUAAUGUUUAAAAUCGAUUGUGAA